AUGGGCCAAUUGGGACCUUAUUGCUGUGGUCAAAUUCGUCCCGGAUUGUACCUACCACAUAGGUAUAUAUACCUGGGCAUAGAAGACCCGGGUGUGUACUUGCAUUCAACGGGUGGACAGGUACCUCUCAUAUCUCCUCAUCGACGCAAGCGAGGGUAGGUAUAGUAGCGCCGCCCGAGAGUCCCGUCAAAUCCGAUCGGUGAAGCUGUGCUGGCCAUUGGCCGCGCAGGGGCAGGAGCGUGCUAUGGGUAAUGGGGGAAGCCCCAAUCCUGGCGACACAGACGCGACCGUCCAAUGGGAGACCGCGCAGCUCACGUCCCCCUUUGUUGGCGUGGAGUUUAAUGAACCAGAGCCAAAAAGCGCGAACCUCCCGCUGCCUCUUGUCGCUCUCAACUUUUUUUUUUUUUUUCCAUUCUCCAUCCUCACGAGCCUCGUCAACACCGUGUUCUCUUUUAGUUCUCCGUCCCGGCUCCCGAGUGCCCCGAUCUUCUUCUCUUAUACUUCUUUUUCUCUUCCUUUCUUUCUCUCUUCUUCUCUUCCCUUUCCCACCUCUUCCGGCCCGCACCCAUCGUCACCUGCUUAGCGAGCGAGUGCACCGCCAGCACGGCUUACCCGUUUAAUUCCCAGACCCUUUCCUUCGCGUCACUCCUUCAGCAAGCAGGCCGACA